UCAUUUAUGAUAUUUCACUAUAGGUAAUAAUAUUAUAAUCACUAAAGUACUGCGGCAGUGAGUUUACGAAUUUACGAUGACCGACCGACUCAUGAUUUACGGAGGUGUAUUACAUAUUAUUAUUAUGUAGCUAGAGUAGGUUUAUUUUUAUUUUAAUAUAAUAUUAUUAAUUGUCAUUACUAGUAGUUUUUUUUUUCGUGUUACUGUGCGAACGAUGUGCACGUAAAAUUUACAACCGCUUACAUGCUGUACUUUGAACAAUAUAAUAAUUGUUUUUGCUAGUUGCGAUUUAAAUAAAUAGUACUCCGUGCCAUGGCGGAUUUUGCGUUAUUUUAUUCCCCCGAUUCGAGGAUUUUCAAAUAAAUGACGUUAUCCCCGUGCCCCGUUUACCAGUGCACAGACCGUGCCAGUGCAGUUCUUAUCGAUCGUGUCGAUUAGUCGGAUAUCAGCAACGGAUCUGCAUUCUCCGUCCGGUACUUAGAUACCAGAUAAGUAGUCUAUUUACCACCUAGUCAUUCUCGAGUUUUCCGAUAACUCGAUUUUCCCUUUUUUUCCUAUUCUCCCUACUCGAACGGUACACCAGCCACUGAUAUCCACUAUUCCGUUUUCGUUGUUCGUCUUCUCGAGUGUUCUUUCGGGUCUUGGCUCUUAAAUUAUUAUUGGUUCAAGUUUUUGAUUUUCUUAUCGACAUUUUUUGUUCGCUUGACUUUCGGUCCUGUCCGAAAUAUUUUUAAAUACCAUUGUUCUUGACCCUUGACGAUUCAAAGUGCCUAGUGCAUAUAAUUAUAUCUCAUCCUAUUUCGUUCAACAAUUUAUACAACAAAGGUUGUUUUAUAUACGUGUUUUGUGUGUUAUUUAUCCAAUUAUAAUUAUCCGCAGAUAUAAGGAUUUAGUGCAAUAUCAAAGUAGGUUAACCACUUUGAGCCAAAAACCAAAAAUGGAAGACUGCUCACACUUUACCGUUCAUCACUUAACAGCAAUCGAGAAAUGUGCCGAAUUUUUAGAACAUGUAUGUAUUGUUUUGAUUUUUUUGAUUUUUCAUCCACUUGUAUUAAAAACGAUGUCAUUGAUUUUAUAUAUUUUAUUUUUAGCACAUUGGUGGUUUAAUUUGUUGUGUGUGUCAAUCAAAAAAACCUGAAGUAUGGUUCUGCAUAAGCCCAGACUGUUUACAAGCAUUCUGUUACGAUGGAGGAUGUGAUCACAGUUAUCUUCAUUUUAAAGUACUUAUUAUACUAUGAUGGACUAUGUUGGUUAUUUAAAAUCGAUAAUAAAUAAAGCAUUUAUAAUUCAUAGGAUAACAAAACCCACUGUUUACAUCUUAGUCUUCCAUCCAUGCGUUUGUGCUGUUAUGUGUGUGUAAAAGAAUGUAAUAUCGGAAAUAACACACGGACAUUGAAUGGAGUAAGGCGUGGUUCAAAUUGUUCUAUAGAAUUUUAUCGCAACAGUGUACUGGUGAAUAAUAGUGGUGAAUCUGCCGAUGAAGACAGUGAUGAUGAAUAUAGACUAACAAAAGAUCAUAAACCUACAGGUAAUUACUGAUAAUUUAGAUCGUUUUUUGUGUGUUUAAUUAAAUUAUCGAAUAUUUAUAACAUUAGGCAUGUUUUGGUGAGUUGAUUUUUAGUAAAAAAUUGCUACAUGAUUGUAAUAUUUCCAAAAUGUUUUGUUUACCAUACAGUAUUUUUUUGUUAUGAGUUAUCCAUUGAUGGAUAACCAAUAACCAAAUAUAUUAAAUCUAGUUUUUAUUGUUCGCUGAUUACUAAAAUUUGGAUUUAGUUGCAAAACAAUUGCAGUAAACAAUAACAUCAAAAUAGUUUAUUUGCUAACAAGGUUGCUUAAAACUAGAUCACCAAAACGCGCCUUAUUUUAUGUAUAUUUAAAUUUUAUAUUAUUAUAAUAUAAAACAAUAUUUUAGGAUUAACUGGUCUUCAAAACAUUGGUAACACAUGUUAUAUGAAUGCUGCUCUUCAAGCAUUAUCCAAUACUCCACCGUUGACAGAUUACUUUCUAACUUGUUUUCCUGAAUAUACAUACCACCAAUCAGAAAAUCAAUUAAACUUAUCUAGAGCUUAUCAUCGCCUCAUUCAAGAAAUUUGGCAUACUAAACGUCCGGGAUAUGUUACUCCUACAUCAAUUUUAUAUACAAUGCGAAAUGUAAGUGGUAAAAUGCAAUAUACUUCACUAUUUGUUUUUAGUUAAUCUAAUUAUCAAUCAUAUUUUAUAUCAUGAUUUUAGGUGUUUCCAAUGUUUAGAGGUUUUCAUCAACAUGACACCCAAGAAUUUUUAAGAUGUUUUAUGGAUCAGUUACAUGAAGAGCUUAAAGAACCUGAACUUGAAGCUGUUCCAUCUAAGCAUCAUUCUUAUAAAGGUAAAAGUUAUUUAAUUCUAUUGAACAAUUAAUUGAUGAUUAUGUUUAGUUACUUCAAGGAAACAGAGUGUAGAACAAAGUCAUUUGGCUAUGCCAGAAGAUGAUAAAGACGAGUGUUCAGAUAAUGAUGAACUAAAAUCUUUGACAAAUGCCGAUAGCAGUUCAGAGGGUGUAGAUGAAUAUGAAACAUGUGAUUCAGGUGUAAGUGAACGUAGUUCAUUAUCAGAAGAGACAUCUGAACGGAUAAACUUGACCAAAAAACUAGAACGUCAUUUGUUUGCUAAAAUGAAUCAUGGAAAUAAAGUUACACUGUGCCAGAAAAAUAGAAAACUUCAUGUCAAAUAUAACAGUAUAAUAUCUGAAAUAUUUGAUGGAAAACUUUUAAGUUCAGUGCAAUGUUUAACCUGUAAUCGGGUUAGUAAAUAUUUUAUUAACAUGUUAAUAUUUCUAAGCAUGCUUUAGCAUAUUAUAAGUGCACAUUGCGCAUAUAAGAACACAAAUGACAGUGAACUUUACCAUAGUCAUGAUAGUAUACUUCAUAUAUUUAGUUAUUUUCCAAAUAUCUCCAUUUUAUUUAAGUUUUGUCUUAAUUUUUUAGUUCUUUUUCGAACCAAAAAUAUUUUUAUUUUGAUAUAUUGAAAAUAAUUUGCAUAUUUCAAGCUAUAUAUAAUUGAUUUCAAAUUGCUUAUAAGCUAUAAUUAUUAGACAAAAAUUAUUUUGUGGUCUGAUAUGUUUGCCCGACACUACAUUUUUACAAUAUUAAGUAUUAUAAAUAAUUAAUUUGUGUCAACAAGUAUUCAAUAAAUUAUUACAUUAUUUAUUAUUCAAUGUUACAUUCAAGACUAAUGUUUUAGGGACUCAUAAAAUUUGUUUCAAAAUCAAAAUUUUCAUUGGUUUAUUCAGGAAUGCGAAUAACAGUUCAGUUCGUAUACGAUAACGCAAUAACAUUUUAUUUUUGUAGAGUUUGUUUAUAAUACUUAGUACUUUUUCACACAGAACAAUAUUAUCGGUUGUAAAAUAUUUAUCUGAUUUUAAUCUUUAUAAAUUAUUAUUAAUAAUAAUAAUAAAAUAUUGUAUAUAAGUAUUAUGUAGGUACAGUAAAAAUAUAUAAAAUGUAUUGUCGGAAAAGUAUACUGAUCCCAUUGUUUUCUACAUUUUUAGGUAUUACAUUACUCUGUAUUUAAGUUUAAUUGCAAGAAAUAGUCAAUUUGGUAUAAAAUAUUUUAUUUAAAUUAAAAUAAGUUUAUUUUUAUUAUUUAUAAAUGAUUAUCAAAUCAAUUAAUAUAUUUCAAUGUGUAUUCCAAUAUUUGCUUUAUUGUCAAUGGUAUUUUAUAAUAAUAGGUACAUAUAUUUAUUAGUUUCGAUAAAACAAAUUAAACGUAAAAGUAACUACUCAAAUUACCAUUUAAAAUUAUCCCCAAUAGUUUUCAUUAGAACAUUUUUAAAUUGUAUUAUUAAAUUUAAUUAAUCACUUAUUGUUUCAAUACAUUUAAAAUUAUUGUGAUGAUUAAUUUAAUAUAGUAACUAUUUGAGUAAUCUACUAUUUCAUAGGUCUCUUCGAGGGUUGAAGCUUUUCAAGACUUAUCUCUGCCUAUACCUACUCGUGACCAUGUCACAGUUCUUCACCAGAGCUCAACCAAUCUCUGUUCCGUACAUAAAUUAUCCGAUAUUUAUACAAAUCAACAAGUCAUUCAAGUAUAUUAAUUUAAAAAAAAAAAAAAAAAAAUCUUUAAGUUUUUACACUAUUCAUUUUUUAUUUUAGAACUGGAUCUUUUGGUUUUGGGACAUGAUGUACAGAUGGUUAUGGGGUCCAACAGUUGGUUUACAUGAUUGUCUAGCAGCAUUCUUCAGUGCUGAUGAACUUAAAGGCGAUAAUAUGUAUAGGUAAGAGAAAAUUGUAUGAAUUCUAAAUAUAUUUCUUAUUAUAAUCAUUAAUUACUGUAAAUUUAUUUAGUUGUGAAAAAUGUAAAAAGCUGCGUAAUGGUAUUAAAUUUUCAAAGCUAUUAGAAUUGCCUGAAGUUUUGUGUAUACAUCUUAAACGAUUCAGGCAUGAGCUGAUGUUUUCAUCUAAAAUAACAUCUUAUGUAACAUUUCCCAUUGAUGGACUAGACUUACGGCCAUAUGUCCAUAAAGGUAUGUAUACAAAUUUAUCAUGUAUCUAGUUUUCUUCACUUUUGUUGAAAAAACUUGUUGGAAAAUUUGUGUCUUUCUGUGAAGUAACUUCCAUUGACACUAAAUAUUCCUUAAUUUCUAGUCAUAUAUUAUACUAUUAUUUAUUUAUUAGUAAUUCCUAAUUUUGAUCAUCUAAUUAUUAAUUUUUUUAUUUGCUUAAUACUUAAUAUAUGUUACAUACUUAUUUGUUUAAUUAUUAAAAUUACUUGUAUUCUAUACUUCAUUAAAUUAUGCUGAUGUCAUAUGCUAAUAAUAAAAUGUGCAGUUUAUUAAUCUAAUAAGAUUUUGAUUGAAAACUAUACUAAUUAAAUUUUCAGAUUGUACAUCCCAAGUGACAACUUAUAAACUAGUAUCUGUUAUUUGUCAUCAUGGAACAAUAGGGAGUGGUGGUCAUUAUACAUGCUAUUCCUUAAAUCCAAUCAAUGAGCAAUGGUACGAGUUUGAUGACCAGUGCGUUACCUUGGUAUCGGCAGAAAUAGUUCGCAGCUCUGAAGCUUAUGUUCUAUUUUAUAAGUGAGCAAUAUAAUUAUAUUAAACUAUUAUUAUAAAAUAUGUUAAUUAUGUAAUUUAAUUUGAACUGAUUUUUGUACUUUAUUAUUUUUUCCAGAAAAAAUAGUCCUAUAACUAAUAGAAUAAGAACACAAAUGCGUCAAGUACAAGUAAACAAGACCCAGCCAAAUUGUUCCCAGGAAGUAUGUUUUAUUUCAACCAGAUGGUUAUCCAAGUUCAAUACAUUUGCCGAACCAGGUCCUAUUGACAAUUAUGAUUUUAUGUGUCACCACAAUAGAGUGAAACCAACUCACGAACCACAAAUCAAUCAUUAUGCCACAAUGGUUUCUAGUCAGAUUUGGGAUUUUCUACAUAGCAAGUAAGUGAAAUAUGUCAUUGGUUUAUAAAUAAUUUUUAUAUUGAUAACAUGCUUUUAUAGGUUUGGUGGAGGACCGAAAUGUACCAACAAUCAGUUACAGAGAUGUGAAAUCUGUUAUGCUGAUUAUAUUGAGAUGUUGCUCAGGAAUAGAGCUGAGACAGAAACAAAGACUUUUACACGACUCAGAGAAGAGUCAAAUCCACAUGUAAUAUAUACUAUUUUAAAACAAAUUCAUACAUGAUGCAAUUGUCAUAAAAAUCAUUGUAAUAUUUAAAAUGGAAAAAUCAUAUUUUAAAAAAUAGAAACAUUACUAUUUUAUGAUAAGAAGUAUUUGAAUUCUGAAAAAAAAAAACUAUUCGGAGCUUUGAAAUUUGGAAUAAAUAAUGGUGUUAUAUCCAUACACAAACAAUUUUAAAAAGUUCUUAUAAAGAUUUUGAGAAGCACACUUAGGUUUUUUUAAGAUAUGCAUUUUUGUGAGAUUUUAUAUCUGUUGACUUAUAUGAAUUUGUGUAUUUAGGAUUUAUCGCCAGAUUAUGCAAUAUCGAUGAUUUGGUUCAAAUGUUGGGAAGCUUUCUUAAAUGGUGUUUCCAGUGAACCACCUGGACCAAUAGACAAUUCAAAACUGAUCGAAAAAACUGAUAGUUUAAUUUCAGGUAUGUCACGCUAAAUUUAAUAUCCAACAAAUAUUAAUUAUGACAUGGAAAUUGAAUUAUAAAUUAUAAUUUACUUAGAAUCCACUGACUAUGUGUCUGUAACCGAAAUCCAAUGGGAAUAUCUGUGGAGGAUAUACAGUGGUGGUCCUGCUAUAGAAAUAAAUGAACUUCAAAUACCGUAAGUCAAUUAAAAUCAUUAAUAAUAGUUGACUUAGUAUUAUAUAGUUAGUUUGAAUAUAAUAAUCAAAUUAGUUUUUUAUCUAGUACUGUGAACACCGAUAUUUGUCUCAAUCAAACAAACACUAAUUUAGAUAAACUGGGUAAUGUCGAUGAACCAGUACAAGAACCUGACAAAAGUAAUUAAAACAUUUUUAUUCGUUUACAAUUGACUUGUAGUUUUUAAUGUUCCUUUUUGAUGGAGCUGUUUUUCAAUAACUUUGAAAAAUAUUGUUAUGAUAACCUAAUAUUUUAUAUAAUAAAGUAUAAAGAAAAUUAUUAUAUGGUUAAUACUUGUAAAUAAAUAUAUAAAUAAAUAAAUGAUUGUAUCGCUUGGAGUAUUAAGAAAUGUGUAUUGCACGAACAGUUUCAAAUUAAAAAUUCACUAUCAGGUAAAAUCAAAAAGUAAAACGUGACUGAAUAUGAAAAAAUAAAUGAAGAAAUCCAUUGCGAGAAUAUAGUACAAAUAAUUUGUUUUACAUAGAAAUAAUUUAUUUUAAUUGGCGAGAUUUUAUUAUAUUUUUAUUGUUUUAUUAUUAGACAUAGAUAUGUUAAAAAAUAUAAAUUAUUUGGUUAUUAUUUAUUAUCUGAAAUGUAUUGAUAUAAGACAUUAUUUUUAAAAUUGAUUUAAACAUUUAAAAUAUUAAUAUUAUUUUUCUUUAUUUCAUUGUGUAUGUGUAAUUUUUCUAAAACUAAAUUAAUGUAAAUGUUAUUUUGGGCAUUUAAUAUUUCUAAAUCUGUAUUAAUAUCAAAACUUCUAGUUAUUUUCUAAAACAUGUUUAACAAAAUUUGAAUUAGAGGCAGUCUUUUUUAAUUUUAUAUCAGAAAUAUGUUCUUUAAAUCUUAUUUGUCUUACCUAUACACAAUUUAUUAUAGUUACAUAUAAGUUAAUAUAUACCAGAUUUUUCUGAAGAAGGGGGAUUUUUUGAAGUUUUUAGUUCCGUUGUUUCUAUAUUUGAUUUAAUUAAUAUCAGUCUUAUAAGUGAUUUUUACAUUAUUUGCAUUAUUAUUCAAAAUUUUAGUGAAUUUUGUUUAAUUUAAAUAAUCUCUCUUAUUAAAAUAAAUUAUUUCUAUGUGAAAUGACUAAUUUGUAUAAUUUUUUAUAGUACUGUAAUAUAUAAUCAAUGAUUACAGCAUGCGAUGGAAAAAAAUAUAAAUCUCAAUAUUCUGUCUUCAUAAUUUAAAUAAAUAAAUAAGAAUGUUAGCACAUACAGUAUGAAUGAAUCAAAUAUUCUUUGAAACAGUGCGUAUUAUUAUGUUUUUUUCAUUAAUUUUGAUCAUUUUUUUUAUAAUCACAUAAUAAUUACUUUUGGUUUUGAAUUGAGAUUUUAAUUUUAAAUAAUAUUUAUUAUUAUUAUCAAUAUAUAAUUUGACAAUUGUUUUUUAUUGUUAUUAUUCAACAGUAUAAAAAAAAUACCUUCAGAUUAUUUUUCAAUGGUUCUAUUGUUAAAUGAAAUUAUAUCUUUUGAGUUGUUUACACAAAUAUACUUAAACACAGGAAACAUGGCACACAAAUUUUACAAUUUUAAUAUUUUUUUAAUACAAAAACAUAAUAAAUAUAAUAUUAUAACAUAUUAUGAAAGUCCUUAUUCAGAAACAUAAAAUAAAUUUGAACAAACGUAAUGAUUUAUAACGAUUUAACAAUGAUAUUCUAUGUAAGAUAAUAUAUUUAUGUUUUAUUCUGUAUUAAUGUUUUUAGUUAUUUUGGAGACUGAAGGUGUAGAAAUAGUUAGUAACCAAGACUCAGGUGACCAACCAAUGACUGUUACAAAUAAACAACAACAAAUGCAGCAAGAGUAUUCAGCGGUGAAGAAAAUAAAUUAAAACAUAAUUGCAAUAUUUUUUUAUAAAAAUUAUUUAUUUUACAUACCAAUUAACAGAUUAUAAGAAAAAAUGUGCGUUUUGCAAAAUGUUUGGGUAUUUUGUUUAGAAAAAAAAUAGGCUGAUUUAGUUAUAGAGUACAUAAAAAAAGAAAAAAACCAUAAAAUAAUAUCAUUAGCUUAGUUAUUAUUAUUGAAUUGCAUUUAUUAUGAAAUUUGUUACCUAAGAUUAUUUAUUAAUUGUCUAACCAUUAUGGCUCUUCUUUUGUUAUGGUGAUUUUAUUUAUUUUGUUUGUUAUUAUUUAUUUGUACGUACAGUCUGGUGGAAUUUGAUAAUUUUUCCUUUGAGAGGAAUCAGUUUUAUAUUCAAAAUAAGUUUGUUUUUUUUUUUUGUUAAUUAUUAUAAUUUUUUUUAUAUAUAUUUAUAUAUAUAUAAAAACAAAUGUUUGUUAUUUUGGGAAUUUUAUUUUAAUUAAAAUUCUUAACAAUUAAAAGACAUAAUUAAAUUAUAAUCAUGUUAAAAAUGCUAAAACUCAUAUUGGUUAGAAAUGACAACAUUCCAAAAGUGUAUAGCAAUUGAAAUACGUUGAUUGAUGGUGAACAGUAGAGAUAUCAAUUUAUAAUUACUUGUACACAUAGACUAGAUUACUCAAAUCCAAAUAAAACAUGUUUUGUUUUAUUAUUCCCAUCUAUGUAUAUUUGUGUGCAUUCUUAUAAUUAGGAUCAGUCUUAGGAGAUAAAAAGAUAGAAGUAAGUCGUAGGUUACACGCAUCGGCUGGCCAUGUGGCAAAAUAGUUGAUCAUGUUCGUACCGUAAAACAAAAAGUAGUCUCGUUGAGAAAACUAUUGAAUAGUAAUGGGGGUUGGAGUGUGAAAGAGGUAUCAAUUUUGAAUAGAUUCCACUGUCUUAAAUUUAUCAAAAUGAUAGAAAUCUAACCAAAUUAUCUGUAGACUACAUAUUUUACAUAGUUGUUAAUUUCGUGUACAUUUUAUACAUAACUAGUGUAGCCUAUAUUUAAUUUAUCAUCCUACCUACUACCACCUACAACAGUGGGCUUUAAGUGCAAUAUGAAAUAUGGUCAGUUUAAAAAAAAUUAUUGUAUUUUUGACUUAGCAUAUUCCAAAAAUAUGUAUACAUUUGUUGUGUUAACUAUGAAAUAUAAUUAAUUACCAUUAGUAAAUAGUGCAUUCCAAAAUUUGUUUUAGCUGGUUCUUAUUACUUUGAUAAAUUCAAAGUAAUGGCAAGUAAUUUGUAAACAAAAGAGUAUAUAUGUAAGUACAUAAUACAUACUUUAUUUUAAAACCUUUCCUUUUGACCAUGCUUUACAUACAGGUGAUUAUUUUUAUCCAAUUAUCUACAAUGUUUUUGAGUUUUUGAUAAUUCUAGUUUUUUUUUUGAGAUAAUAUUAAAUUGUUUUAUGUGAUCUUAUUUACAAUGUAUUGAAAAUAUACCUUUACUUUAGGUGUUUCUUAUACUUAAUACCACAAACACAUUAAAUUUUUAUUUUCAAUUAGCAAUCACUUUUUUGCAAACUAGAUUAGAAAAGAGAAUAUUGUUCUACACAUUUUGAUAUGCAUAAUACUAAUACCUACCAUGUAUGCAUUAUCGAUACUUAAAAUAGUUUAGACCAAAGGUGUGAAUGAAGGAGGAAUUAUCAUUUGAAUAUUGAUAUGAACUUUAUUAUCCUUCCUUACUAAGUGAUAAAUGGUAUAGGUACAAAAAUACACCCAUUUUUAUAUAUCUAUCGCAAAGUGUUAUCUUUGUUUUGAUAAUUUAAAAAACAAGUAGCUAUACAAUUUUGAAUUUACACUAACUAUUUUCCCCCUACUCAAAGUUAAAAGUGGAUUAUGUUUUCAUCAGAUUGAUCGAAAUAAAAACAUGUAGAAAUUUAAACUAAUACUCCAUUUAUUUUUGGAAAUUUUAAUAUGGAUUGGCAUUUAUACAUCUAAAGUUGUAAGUCAAUAAAAUUAAGGUGACCAAAACUAAUGGUAGGUACCUAAUAUAACACUUUAGAAGUACUUGUAUCUUAAAUUGUCAAAAAAAAAACUUGUAUGUACUUUCCGAGACAUCACAAUGGGUAUAUCUUUAUUAAUUACUAAGCAUAUAAACAUUUUUAAAAAAAUAUUAUUUUGUUACCAUUGGUAAGGGUUGUCAUUUGAAAAUGAAAAUGAAUAUUUAAUUAAGGUAGGUAUUAAAAUCAGGGUAAAAAUUAGAAAAGUAUUAACAUAAAACUUAAACAAUUUCAUUAUGUUUGAAAAAAAAACACCGUGAUACAAUUUUUAUCAUUAGAUAGCUACUGGGCAUCGAAUAUAAAAAAUUUUUAAUUUUGUAAAUUUUAAAAUUUGGGCAGGACCGCAGGAAUUUUUAAACAAUUAAUGUAUAAAUAGUUUAUACCUACCUACUACGUAUUUUAUAAUACAAAAGCCGUUAGUUGUAAAAAUAUACAUUUUAUUCAUUAUAAUUUAUUAUAUUUUUUUUAUUUAAAAAAACGAAUGGUAAUUUUAAUAAUAAAUAAUCUCUGUAAGAGUGAUAAAAAAAGAAAUUGUUUUUUACAAUGUGGGUAACGGUAGAUAGUCAAAAAUAUAUUGAUGUAGCCGAAAACGGACAUUAUUCAGAAUGACUAAUCGGAAAGAAAAGGUUCACACUCCCUCCCCUCGAAAAAGACUUAAGAAUCUAUAUAGUCAAUCGGUAUUUUUUGGAACAUGACUUAAACUCAGCAGUAGAGUGAUUUCACCAAUAGUAAAAAUGGAAAACUUAUUAUCGGUUCCACCGCCGCCACUAUGACAAUUUUUGGGCGGCCGAACCACGAUGUGAUUAUACGUAGGUUUACAAACCUCGUGGUUCUAACCUAACCGGACCUGCAUGAUAAUGCACAGCAGUCAAAGAGGGUGACGAUGUAAGUUAUACGAACAAAAAGCAUAUUGUAUACAACAGAGAAGUUCGGUGGCUGCGGAGGAUAGAGGGGACGCUGGUUGACGUCAUGAUGUCAUCAACAACAUAACAGUGUAAACGCCGCCACUGCCGGAAAAUACGAAAACUGUGAAACAUCUCGAGGGCACCGACGAUUCCCACACCUCUUGCCGUUUCGACAUCAACACUCCCGAUCCCUACCAUCAACACCCCUCCACGCCCGGCAACGGUGCAUCUGCGUUCGUCCCACGGCGGCUGUCAUCUAGGGCCGGCGGACACAUCGUCCCGGAAGUCCUCCGACAAGUCCACCACCAGUGCCGUUAUCUCGUCACCGUACGGUCCGGUGGUGGCGGUGGUGGUCUGCGCUGAGUCGGGGGAGGUGGCAGUCAGCCGACAGGCGGGGCCUCCGCGCAGAUGGAGGAUGGUUGGGUGCGUGGAAUCCGAAGAUGCGACCACCACGUACUGGCCGCCCGGCAGUAUUUCGAAAGCCGUUAUCGGAUUGGCCGGCGUGAACUCCGAGAUGAGUUGUCCUG